AGAAGAAGAAAAGUUAACAAGUUAGGCUUGGAUUGGAGGCCCUGCUUUAUCUCUCCCUCUUCCCAUUCAAUUCAACUGCAAUUCCCUCUUUCUUCCUUCUUCUCUUAAUUUUCUUCUGAAUUUUCAUGCGCUUUAAAACUAAUACAAGAAUAUUCUUCAUCUCAUCCUCAUUGUUCCCUACCCUUUCUCUUCUCAUCUUCUUUUAAAUAUAAUUCACUCCUCAAUUGUGAUUUCUUUUUCAUUUCAUUGCCUAUUUUCCAUUUAAAGUUCCAUCCUUUCCCCUGUUUUUUGGUCGGAAUCCUCUUAUUAAAAUUUUUCCAGAUAAUAUAGAAACAAGAUUUCAAAAAAAAAAAAAAAAGUUGUUGAAGUUUUUUUUUUUUAUUGGCCUAUUUGAAACAAGUUUUAAAUUUCAAAGCCUGAGUCUUUAAGAGGGCCAUUCCCCGCUCUCUUUGCUUAAAGAGACCAAAUUUUGAUUAUUUCUUGGGUUUAAAUUCAAACACCCAUUUUUAUUAUUUAGAUUAAGUUUUGGUUUUGAAUUCAUGGGAAAUUGUUGUGUGACUUCAGCAGCUGCUUCCCAUGAGAAUAACAAGAAAAAGAAUAAGAAGAAAGGAAACAAGAAGCAAAACCCAUUUGACAAUAGCAACGGAAGCCCUAAACUCAUCGUUUUAGAGGAGCCAACCGGUAGAGAAAUUGAACAAAGAUAUGAACUUGGACGUGAGCUUGGGCGUGGCGAGUUUGGGAUCACAUAUCUAUGUACGGACAAAGACACAGGCGAGAACUUUGCAUGCAAAUCGAUAUCAAAGAAGAAGCUGAGGACGGCUGUGGAUAUUGAGGACGUGAGGAGGGAAAUUAAGAUCAUGAAGCAUUUGCCAGAACAUCCAAAUAUUGUCACCUUGAAAGAUACUUUUGAGGAUGACAAUGCGGUGCAUUUGGUUAUGGAGUUGUGUGAAGGUGGUGAGUUGUUUGAUAGGAUUGUUGCAAGAGGCCAUUACACCGAGAGAGCUGCUGCUGCUGUCGCCAAGACCAUUGUUGAAGUUGUUCAGAUGUGCCACAAGCAUGGGGUGAUGCAUAGAGAUCUCAAACCUGAGAACUUUCUUUUUGAAAAUAAGAAAGAGACAGCAGCUUUGAAGGCGAUCGACUUUGGUUUGUCAGUGUUCUUUAAACCAGGUGAAAGGUUUACGGAGAUAGUUGGAAGUCCAUACUACAUGGCUCCGGAGGUGCUGAAAAGGAAUUAUGGGCCUGAAGUGGAUGUUUGGAGUGCUGGGGUGAUCCUUUACAUCUUACUUUGUGGUGUCCCACCUUUUUGGGCAGAAACUGAACAAGGAGUUGCACAAGCGAUUCUUCGCUCUGUAGUAGAGUUUAAGAGGGAUCCUUGGCCUAAGGUUUCUGCUAGUGCUAAAGACCUUGUGAAGAAGAUGCUCAAUCCUGAUCCAAAGCGGCGACUUACAGCUCAGGAAGUACUAGCUCAUCCUUGGUUGCAAAAUGCAAAGACGGCUCCAAAUGUUUCCUUGGGUGAAACUGUGAAGGCAAGGCUCAAGCAGUUCUCUGUAAUGAAUAAGCUCAAGAAAAGAGCUCUCAGGGUAAUAGCUGAGCAUCUUACGGUGGAGGAAACCGCAGACAUAAAAGAGCGAUUCCAAGAGAUGGAUACUGGCAAUAGAGGCAAGAUUAACAUUGAUGAGCUAAGGGAUGGGUUGCAUAAACUUGGCCAAAUUAUUUCUGAUGCAGAUCUUCAAGUACUAAUGGAUGCAGGGGACGUCAAUAGAGAUGGAUAUUUGGACUACGGAGAAUUUAUUGCCAUCUCCAUUCACCUGAGAAAGAUGGGUAAUGACAAUCACCUUAAAAAGGCGUUUGAGUUUUUUGAUAAAGACCAGAGUGGUUAUAUCGAGAUUGAGGAAUUAAGAGACGAGUUGGCUGAUGAGCUUGAAACCAACGGCGAAGAAGUCAUUACUGCCAUCAUGCACGAUGUGGACACAGACAAGGAUGGGAGAAUUAGUUAUGACGAGUUUGUUGCAAUGAUGAAAGCCGGUACAGAUUGGAGAAAAGCAUCAAGGCAAUACUCACGACAGCGGUUCAACAAUCUCAGUCUCAAAUUGAUGAAGGAUGGAUCAUUGCUGUCGCCUGAUAAUCCUAUGUGAUCCAACAAAACUAACUUCCCUUAAUGAGAAAAUUAGACAAAAAAAAACCAGAAGUAAUAGUGAUGAAAAAGGCUGUUGAAUUCAUCAGUAUUACCUGUGUGUGAAAAUUCCUUUUGUUCUGGGGAGAUGCAAAGAAAAUUCCUUUUAUUUACUAGGAUUGAGCCAUGCAAUGAUGCCAAGGGGUCCAUCUAUCUAAAUAUUGAAAAAAUGGGGUUCGUUCAUUUGUAUUGUAAAUUAUCUUUGUUAUUUAUAGGUAUACUUGAAGAAUGGAAGUGUGUGCUUGUAGUUUA